AUGCUUUUGCGUGUAGCCGCUUGGUUCAGCCCGUUAAAUUUCAAGUCCGUGCAAGCUGAGAAGCUGAACCAGCGAGUGGGUGACACUGGGCGAUGGUUCCUCGAGUGCCAGCAGAUCCAGGAGUGGAUACAUGGUUCUGCAGAGUCAGCUUGCUUGUGGUGUCCCGGAAACCCGGGCGUCGGAAAGACUAUUUUGGCCUCCAUCAUUACCGACCAUUUGCGGACACUAGCCAACCAGGAGAAGAUACUUGUCUUGAACAUCUUCUGUGAUUAUCAGUCUGCAGUAUCUCAAACCGUAGCCGCCCUUCUCUGCAGCCUCUGUCUUCGUGACCAAACACGACCUUCCCUUGACGAUCUUCACAAAAUUCUUUCACAAGAGUUCAAAUUGCUUCACCGCGUAUAUAUUGUUCUCGACGCACUGGACGAGUUCACUGAUAAUUAUGGAGGGCGAGAAGAACUGAUUGAUAUGAUCCAGUCGUUAGGCGGCAAUAUACAUCUCCUUGUGACGUCGAGAGACAUCGCCACGAUAGGAACGCUGUUCGAGGAAGAUACAAGGUUCGAUAUCCGAGCUGCCGAUAAAGAUAUCGAUGCGUAUAUCGCGAACAAGCUCGCACGUGGCCGUCUUGCCCGCCACAUCAGGGGGUUCCUUCUGGCAGGCUUGCACAUGGAUUUACUUGCUCAGACAACCAAUCCAAAAAUACUUCGCGAAGCCCUCGUUAAACUGCCAGAAACUAUGACGAGCGCGUACGACAAGACAUUGGCGAGAGUCGAUAGUCAAGGCAUGUAUGAUAGAGACCUUGCAUAUCGCGUAUACAGCUGGGUAGCAUUUGCUACGCGCCCUUUGACGGUGUUGGAGCUGCGGUAUGCCUUGGCUGUGGAACCGGGUACAAAAGCCCUUGAUCCGGAUAACCUCUUUGAUGAUGACUUUCUGGGAAGUGUCUAUGCUGGACUUGUGAUCACAGAAAGCGCGUUUGGCCAGGAGAAAGGACCUGUAAUGAGGUUUGUACAUUAUACCACACAGGAAUACUUCGCCUCUAGACGGGGCGAGCUUUUCCCCUAUAUUCAAGAAACCAUCACACGUGCCUGCCUGACGUAUUUGUCGUUCGACUAG